GGCGGACUGAGGCGCGUCCACCCGGCCAUGUCCCGGCGGCGGCUCCCCCCGGCCCGGUGCGCGCUCUUCCUCUGCCUCUUCACGCUGGCGUUCCACCGCUCGCGCUGCUGGGGCGCAAAGCCGCUUCAGUGCCAGGAGAUCUCCGUGCCCAUGUGCAAGGGCAUCGGCUACAACUACACGUACAUGCCCAACCAGUUCCACCACGACACGCAGGACGAAGCCGGCCUGGAGGUGCACCAGUUCCUGGCGCUGGUGGAGAUCAAGUGCUCGGCGGACCUGCGCUUCUUUCUCUGCAGCAUGUAUACGCCCAUCUGCCUGGAUGAUUACAAGAAGCCGCUGCCGCCUUGCCGGAGCGUGUGCGAGCGCGCCCGCGCUGGCUGCGCGCCCCUCAUGAGGCAGUUCGGCUUCCCGUGGCCGGACCGAAUGAGCUGCGAGCUGCUCCCGGAGCAGGGCCAGCAGGAUCGGCUGUGCAUGGACUAUAACCAGGAUUCCGGUCAGGGCACCGAGGGGCUUACCAGCGCGGUACCCGUGACCGAGCGGCCGCUCAAGCCCUGGAAGAAGCCCGGGUACAAGCUGCACAAACCGCCGGUCGCAUCCAAGUGCGCGUCGUCGCUGCCGGCGGGUGACCCGGGCUGCGCCGCCGCUGCCUGCCACAGUCCGUUCUUCACGGCGGAGGAGCGCGCCUUCACCAGCUUCUGGAUUGGCCUGUGGGCGGCAUUAUGCUUCGCCUCCACGCUGACCACCGUGGCCACCUUCCUAGUGGACAUGGAGCGCUUCAAAUACCCCGAGCGACCCAUCAUCUUCCUGGCAGCGUGCUACCUGUGCGUGUCGGCCGGCUACCUGCUGCGAUUGGCGGCGGGGCACGAGCGCGUGGCUUGCACGCGCGAGCAGCAGGCGCACCAGGCCAACAGCGGCCCCGCGCUCUGCACGCUGGUCUUCCUGCUGGUGUACUUCUUCGGCAUGGCCGCGUCCAUCUGGUGGGUGAUUCUAUCGCUGGCCUGGUUCCUGGCCGCCGCGCUCAAGUGGGGAAACGAGGCCGUGGCGGGAUACGCCCCCUACUUCCACCUGGCAGCCUGGCUCCUGCCCAGCAUGAAAACCAUCGCCGUGCUGGCGCUGGGCUCCGUGGACGGUGACCCGGUGGCGGGCGUCUGCUACGUGGGCAACCACGACCUGGACAACUUGCGCGGUUUCGUCCUGGCCCCGCUGCUGGUUUACCUGCUGGUGGGCUCCAUGUUCCUCCUGGCCGGCUUCGUCUCGCUCUUCCGCAUCCGGCGAGUCAUCCGGCGGCAGGUCGGCGGAGGCGUGGCCAAGGUGGACAAACUGGAGCGUCUUAUGCUUAGAAUCGGGGUCUUCACCGUGCUCUACACGGUACCGGCCGCUGUCAUCGUGGCAUGUUAUUUCUACGAGCAGCAUAACCGACAGGCCUGGGAAGCGGGGUACAGAUGCGGGUGCCCCCCGUCCGCGGACGCCCCGCGGCCGGACUACGCCGUCUUCAUGCUCAAGUACUUCAUGGGACUGCUGGGGGGCAUCACGUCGGGCGUUUGGGUAUGGUCCCGCAAGACCCUGGACUCGUGGAGGACAUGGUGCACGCGAUGCUGCUGGAGGAGCAAAGCGUCCUCGGCGGGAGGGGGGUCCAUGUACAGCGACGUUAGCACCGGCCUCACCUGGAGGUCCGGCACCGGGAGCUCCGUGUCCUUCCCCAAGCAGGUGCCUCUGUCGCGGGUGUGA